GGCGAGAGAGGGCGGGCUCUGAUUGGCGGUGGGAAGGGGAGGCUGAGCCCAGAGAGCGCUCGCCUUGCAUCAGCCGGGUGGCCCGGCGCGUCCUGCCGCUUGCUUGCUUGCUCAGUGCUGCUGCUGCUGUUCCUCUCCAGAGAAGGAUGGAGAAGUCCGACGAGAGCCGCAACGGCUACCUGUCGGGCGCGGAAGCGGUGGCGUCGGGCGAGGCGCCCCCGGGCCUGCGGCGGCGCCUGCGGGGCUUGGGGCGCUUCCUGCGGCGGCACUGCGUGGUGCUGCUGACGGUGUCCGGGGUGGUGGUGGGCGUGGGGCUGGGGGCGCUGGUGCGGCGGCGGGGCACGCCGCUCUCGGCCGCGCAGGUGGCCUACCUGGCCUUCCCCGGGGAGAUGCUGCUGCGCAUGCUCAAGAUGGUCAUCCUCCCGCUGGUGGUCUGCAGCCUGGUCUCGGGCGCCGCCAGCCUGGACACGCGCUCCCUGGGCAAGCUGGGCGGCAUCGCGCUGGCCUAUUUCCUGCUCACCACGCUCCUCGCCGCCGCCCUGGCCAUCGCCCUCGCCUUCAUCGUCAACCCGGGCCUCGGCGCCGCCGCCCUCAACACGCAGCAGCUCGGCCUCGACCAGGACCUGGCCGCCGGCAAGGAGACCGUCGACUCCUUCCUCGACCUGGCCAGAAACUUGUUUCCAUCAAAUCUCAUUGCUGCAGCCUUUCGAUCGUAUGCCACUGACUAUAAAGCAAUAGUUAGAAAUGCAACUAUUGGAAAUGUUACCAUUGAGAAGUAUAUUACAGAUUAUAAAGCAGUAAUAAAUGCUAAUCUUGGGAAUGCCACCAUUGAAAAGUUUCCAGUUGGCACUGAGACUGAAGGGAUGAAUAUCUUGGGGCUUGUCCUUUUUGCUCUGGUUUUGGGGGUAGCCUUGAAAAAGCUCGGCCCCGAAGGGGAGGAACUCAUUCGUUUCUUUAAUUCUUUCAAUGAAGCAACCAUGGUCUUGGUGUCUUGGAUUAUGUGGUAUGUUCCAUUUGGCAUUAUGUUUCUUGUUGGAAGCAAGAUCGUGGAAAUGGAUGAUAUUGUCGUGCUGGUGACAAGUCUUGGAAAAUAUAUAUUUGCUUCAAUUCUGGGCCAUGUUAUCCAUGGAGGGAUCGUUUUACCACUUAUUUACUUUGCAAUCACACGUAGAAACCCUUUCAGGUUUCUAUUAGGACUUAUAACGCCACUUACAACUGCCUUUGCUACAUGUUCCAGCUCUGCAACUCUUCCAUCAAUGAUCAAAUGCAUUGAAGAUAACAAUGGAGUAGACAAACGAAUUAGUAGGUUUAUUUUGCCCAUCGGUGCAACUGUUAACAUGGAUGGAGCUGCAAUUUUCCAGUGCAUAGCUGCUGUCUUUAUUGCUCAACUGAACAACUACAGUCUCAAUAUUGGACAGAUCUUUACCAUCCUUGUUACUGCAACGGCAUCCAGCGUCGGAGCUGCUGGAAUCCCGGCUGGAGGAGUCCUAACCAUAGCUAUUAUCUUGGAGGCCAUUGGACUUCCCACUAACGAUAUUUCUCUCAUAUUGGCAGUGGACUGGAUUGUGGACCGGACCACCACAGUUGUGAAUGUAGAAGGGGAUGCCUUUGGUGCUGGUAUCCUUCACUAUCUGAAUGAGAAGGAAACCAAGGAGAAGCAGGCAGAACUGAGUGAAGUCCAUGUGGAAGCAGUUCCAAACAUCAAGGCAGAGGGGGAAACAUCACCUUUGGUCAUGCACCAGAACCAGGAUGUGUCAUCUAGCUCUCUAUCACCUAGCACGAAAGAUGUUGAAUCGAAAGAAUCAGUCCUAUGAGUGUGAAGGAUGGGGGAAGGGAGACACCCUGCUGACCCUGUAUUUGUAUUUUGUACUCUGCGCAGGUACUGUUUGGCCAUUUGGAGUUCAGCAGAAUACAUCCUUUUCCUCCUUGGGUGGUAGGGAACACAAAUGAUAGCCAGCGGCAGACUACUGAGGAUGUACAACAGUGUUGUGUAUGUGUGUGUGUGUGUAUGGUGUGCUCCCUCCCCACACAGAGGAAAAAUAGCCCUUCCUGCAAUAGGAUACUGAUGUGUCAGGUGUAUGUGUGCUUGUGCAAAUUAUGCAACACAGACACUUACCAGUGUGAAAGAAAGCCAUUUCAGCAAGGGGUUUCUUUCUUUUGUUGACAUAAAGAGAUAAGACAGAUGAAUGAAGGUCACCAUGAGGUCACCAUGUUAGUCUUAGUUUCUCCUGUUACUGCAUCACGCUUCUUACGUUGUGCUUUAAAAGAGUGCUUCUUCUCUUGGAGAAAUCAGAAAAAAAUGAAUGGAUGGAAAACUCCUCUUGGCGGCAGUGGAUUCUCUGCCACUUGACUCACUAGGGGCCAUAUAAACAACCCCGCCCCCCCACACACACACACAAACCCAAAACAAAAGAGAAUAAAAACAGAAGGUCUGGAAAUCCCAUUUUCUUUUUGUAAAACAGGUUGUUGUGGUAUAUUGUGGGGGGUUUUCAUGGGAAGAGGGUGCAAUUUAUUUAACAGGUGAAUUGUCCCUUCUAGAGGUUUUGUGGAGAGAUUGUUUGCUCUUUUUUCUUUGGGCAGAAAAAUAAUAAUCCAGGUUGAAAACUGCAAAAACUGUUGGUGGUGGUGGUGGUGGGGGGUUUACCUUUACUCUGAGGCCUGCAUUGUGACAAUAUCUGCCUUUGAAAAUCAGAAUGGAAGAGACCCAAUUUAUAUAUCCUAUAUUUUUUUUUUUCAUUUUUACGUCUGCUUUCCACAUGAUAUGUAAGACAACCCUGUAUAUUGAGCAACUGAUCGUUUAAAAAGAAUGUUUAGAUGGUCCGAAAAAGAAAAGGCAAGCAGCUGAAUCCCAACCUAUUACUGUUUAAAAAUGUUCACAAUGACAUUCCCCUGGCAACGUUCACGCAAGACACUUAGCUUGCUGAGCCUUUCCCAGCUCUUUUUGUUAAUAUCUGACAGUUUAUGCGGGCAAGUUGCAUUUGUAAUGUGAGUGUGUAUUCUGUGUUGUGUACCCAAAUGAGCUUAUUUAAGCUUCAUGUGAACAUGGCCUGAUUUUGCUUUUUAUUCAUUAGAAUGGGGAAUUGAGCAAGGUCUUGAGAAAAUUGUCUAUAUUUUCACUGCCCCAAAAGGUCUUCUUUUUGUGUAGAACAUAGUAAAAUUUAUUUAUUAUUUUUAACGCUAUGGAAAGAAUGUUACUUGUGAGAUGCUCUUAAGGGGACUUAAUAGCAAAAGAUUAAUGUAGUGAGUAGCCAGUCAAGGCAGCCAAGUUUGUUCUGCCAGAUUCUCCUGCAGCAAUGAUACAAUCUGUAAACAUAAUCCCAUUGCUUUUCUAUUGGCUAAUCAUUAAGUAUAAAAUUGCAUCUCCCCUUACUUAAUUUGCUGCUUUAUUAGGACUGUAUACUUAGAUCAGUGGUUCUCAACCUGUGAGUCCCCAGGUGUUUUGGUCUACAACUACCAGAAAAUCCAGCCAGUUUGCCAGCUGUUAGGAUUUCUGGGAGUCAAAGGCCAAAACAUCUCAGGACCCACAGGUUGAGAACCAUUGACUUGGAGCCUUGGAUCUUGUUGCGGUGCUUGACAUUUUUUCCCUAUGAAUAGCAGGCAUAUGAACUGAGACUUCUGUAUGGUACAGAUAAACUUAGUUUAUUCAGAGGAUUACAUUCCAGAUUACAUACAUUCUGCGAUGCAACAUCCAGCAUUCCUUAUCUUGGUACCAGUUUGCAUUCUGCACAUGAGUUACAGAUUAAAAUGAAAAGGCCUGCAAACAGCUCCAUCAUUUAAGGCCCUAUCCCCACUGUCAUAUAAUGCUGUUUGAAAGUGCAUUAUAUAGUCAGUGUAUAUUCAUAUAAUGUGGUUUAACUGCAUUGAACCAUAUAAUCCAGUAUAUGGCAACUCGUAGAUGGGAUCUAAUUUAGGAAACUUGGUAUCCUCAGUUGAUUUUGCACAAUUUUCAACAAGAAAUGAAGCGGUUGAAAUAAACUAUUUCCUAACCACUGAAUUAAUCUGAUUUGUAAAAUUGGUAAAUUCAUUGACCCUCUGGGAAACAUCUUGAGUUUUUCAAGUAACACAUUUGCAAUAGUAAAAAAGCAAGAAGGGAUCUGCAAGCAGUAAAGAACAAUACAGACAGAAUGGCUUAAUCCAGUUGCUGGUCUCAAUUAGAGAUAAUCAAUUAAACAAAUGCUUAAUGGUUAGUCAACACAAUAGAUUCGAUUGACGUAUUAUAAUUGGGUCUCGUACACUGGAUAUAGACCUAUAUCCUUUUGAAAUGUAAAACCUUUGUAGGGAAAAGUAUCUUUCUAUUGUAUUUACAUUGCACAAAAUAUCUCCUUUGUGGAGAUAAAAAGUGGGGAAUAAUAAUAAUAAUAAUAAUAAUAAUAAUAAUAAUAAUAAUAAUAAUAAUAAUAAUAAUACAUUGUUCCCUCACAUACUGCAGGGUUUAGGUUCCAGGACCAUCUGCAGUAAGUGAAAAUCCGUGAAGUAGGGACACUAUAUUUUAAUAUUAAUACAUUAUUUUAGCAGUUAUAUGCUAUUUUAAGUCUUUAUCAACCAAUCUUGUGUUGAUAAAUAGCCUCCUUCUCCUCCUGUUGCCACUUGGGCUCUUUUUCUCUCCCUUUGGCUUCUCCUUCCUCCUUCCUUAGGCUGUAAAUUGUAAUUUUUAUGAUUUAUAAUAGUCUUUUAGAGUUUUUUGAAAAACCACGAAACAGCAAAUCCACGAAAAGUGAACCGCGAAGUAGUGAGGGAACACUGUAGUGCCUUUCCGCCCUAAGCUUAAAGGCCCCAAAUAUUGCAGCACAACUUCCUAGGAUAGUUGAUCCAAAUACUGAUAACUGGCUUACCUUUCAUGUACUUUAUUUAGCUAUCUAGUAGGUGAUCAGGACUAGUUUGUUAUUGUUAUUGUUAUUGUUAUUAUUAUUCCAAGUGUGGUUAAUGUCAAGGCACUGAAAAUCAGAAAGUGACUAGGCAAACGUUCAGCAAUCAGUUGUGUGUGUGUAAAUGAAUAGUGCAAAGAGAAGAUAGUAGGCUUUUGUUUUCUGCAAUGUCUUGUGUGGGCUAAACUUCAUGAGACUGCUAGUGGGAGUCACGUGAUUUAAUCUCCAUGGGAGGGGAGAAUGCCCUCCAAUUAGAAAACGAAUAUUCCUGAAAACUAACCAUGGCCUCUUCUCUGGCAUAUUAGUGUUCUGUGUUGAGAGCUUUAUUGGUGGCAAGUAUUCAGUUGAGCUGAAUUGGCAUAGUCUGAAGACCCCUACUGCUGGGUGACUACUACGCUAGUGAGAAUUAUGCUGUCUGGAAGCCAUGACAGACUGUCCCUUCUUCCCCUCUCCUUAUGCCAUGACUGACCGCAGCCACAACACAGACACCUACCUUAACCUCAGAGGUCCAGCAACCUCUUGUGGAUUUAAUGACUCAUGAAGGAGGCCAAGAGAAGGAAUUUCAUGUGCAGUGGGGAGUCCCUGCUGCUCAGAGGUGGUUCAGGGAGCCCCUGUCAGACUACAAAGCAGGUCCAAUAUGGUGUCUCAAGCUGAAUUGUGCCAGCUUUAUUGAUCAGUGUAGAAGGGCCCUAAACUACCCUGGUUUCCCACUUCUUAUCUCUACCAAAGAGUGUUUCUCUGUGUCUCUUUCUCUCUUCGCAAUGCAAAGGAGGAACCAAGAUGGCAAUCAGCUGACAACUGCACAGGAUAAGUGCUGUUGGCAGCAAGCAAUGUCUCUGUUUAUGUAUCAGGAAACUCUUGGAUCAAAUCCAAGGUCAUCGUAUCCUUACUCCCCCAAUGAGCUGAGUACAUUUUGCAACACAUGUCCUUUUGUACCUUGCCAACAAGCAAACGCAGCUGCAUUUUGAACAUGGGCAAUGCAUAAUUCCUCAGGUGCCUUGUGGAACUCUAAACUAGGAGAUGGUCAUCAUACAUGCAGGAAACCACCUUGUGCUGGGUCAUACGACACUGUCAUCAGUAACCCAGUAUUGUCUACUUCGAUUGGCAGCUGCUGGCAGUUGUUUUCCAGGUUAUCUAUACCUGUUCUCUAUAUAUUACUUGCAAACGGGUCUGCUGUAUCUAAUGGUGCCAGGAACUGAAUGUGCCAUGCUAUUGGGCCCUCCCCAGCUCAUUCCAGUUACUGUAGUCUAUUUUAUUAGUACCAUUUUCUUUUAGCUUGUACUACAUUCUUGCAGGAAACCUAGCAUUCCCCAUUCUUCUUUUGUGUGCUUUCUAUACAGAGUGUCCCCUAUUCUCUUCUCUUUCUUCCCCUUAGUUAGCCCUCCAAACUCCACCAGAGGUUGAGCACAGAAUUGCAGUGAAGGGUCUAGAUUCCUAGUGAGAACAAUUAAAUCUUCAAAAGUCAAACCCACAAAGUGUUAUUCAUUAUUCCUUUAGAUCUAAUGGAUUUCAACUUCAUGAAAGAAAUAAGUCUAGCCUUUCAGCAACUCUAAAUGGUCUUUUAAUAACUAGGAUGAACAAGGAAAGCAGUUUUCCCUUUCUCCCACUCUCAAAAUAGCCUGUGUGUGUUUGUGUGUGUGGAAGGGAAGGGAAGCUUGAAAAACAAUACAAAUUCACUUUAGAAUGGUGGCACAGAUCAGCAGUUUUGUAGGGGGCUGGACCUUGUCCGUAAUUCAUUUGCCAAGUACUUUACAAGAAAACACUCUUGCUUUAGGCUGCAUUCAGUAUAUAUACCUUUUUUAAAAAGCUUUUGUGAUUUGCUGGUCUCCUUUGUAUGAACCAAGCCUACCGGAAGGUAUAGUCUGCUGAAACCAGAAACCUUUUGCAUUUAAAACAAAAUGUCAACAAAAGAAAGAAAACUAGAUUUGUGAAUACUGACAUGUUUGUCAAUUCAUGUAUCUUUUAAAAAUAAUGCAAGUGAGGGCAUUCUAAGAGGAUUGAAGUCCAAAGAACAUUUUCCUUUUCAAUGUGUGUUUUUGUCUGUCCCAGAAGGGGUGGUUCUGUUGCCAAACUGUCUGCUAUGCAGCACCAACAUUCCACUUAUGACAAGACUGUUGCAUACAUCAAAAAAGCUAUUUCAAAAGCCACACAAAGAGAAAGGUUAACUACAAACAACAGCUACAAAUGCUUGGAUACCAGUUCAUAUGCAGUUACUUUUGGGAAAGUUAGGUGUGGGUACUAUUAUUGAAACGUAAGGGAACUAAACUGGGGCACAGUUGUAGAGGGGGGAAAGAAUCAAACCUUGUAAAUUGGGAGAAAAGCUGAGCUUCAAGAGAUCUGAAGUGUUGCAUUGUUUACAUCCUAAUUUGAAUGUCUGGAUCUUAUCCUACAUUCCAUUUUAAGAGUGAUCAGACAAUAGACUUGGUGAGCUGAACCCUCUCUAGCUUUUCUCGUCCCUGCUGCACCCUUUUGCUUACUAUAUACCAGGAGGUGCAUUUCUCCCUUCCUGAUAUUGCACUGCAAUUCCCAUUAGACCUGGCCAAGCUAGUGAGUUAUGAGGAAUGCUGGGAACAACAACCUAACAACACAUGGAGAGAGUCACUAUCCAAAUCCUGAUGUAGUCUGAUGAAGAGUUCUGGAUGGUUUGAAAACCUGCACACUAUUUCAUGACCUUUGGAGUGGUCUAAAAUAAAUGUCCAUGCUUGGACAAGGAUUUUGUGUGCUGAAUGCAGCCUCUUCUGUGACUCAGCUACAUACCACAUGCUGUACAACUCAGAUCAGAUAUCAUGGGUUGCUACUUCAGCAAAGGAGAGCUGACAAGGAUGAGCCUUUCCUCUGCAUUCAUUCAUUUAGAUCUGUCUCUAAAGAUCCUGCGACUCCCUCCUUUUGACUGACCUAGCAGGGAUCACUACCGGGAUCACUCCCUAUUUGACAGUUUUCUCACAGGUUGCUAUUUUGUUGAAUCUGGAUCUGAACCAAGAUAUAAGUAAAGUUUCAAAAGUCAGUUGAAAUCACCAUCCUGCUCAAUUGGCUAAAAGUAUCACUAGUUUGCCCUCUUGCUAAACUACCUAGCACUCACCCAUGUUGACUUUAUUUCAUGUGACCUCCAAGUGGCCAAAUUGUUUCAAACGGGUAGAAAUAUGGCUCUAAUUUGUGUUUAUUUUAAAAUCCCCUCCCCACUCUUCUACUGUGUGAAUGAAACUACCUUAAUAUCCUUCUGUGGCACUUCUUUGUUUUAGCGGGAAAUUAAAAUGUCACGCUUACCGUACUGUUAUGACAUCUUCUGGGAUUUUUUUGUACUGAUCCAUCAUGAAAUGCAAGUGGAACCAGGUUUGUGGCUGCUGCACUGAAAGUGAGCCAGUGCUCAAUGUAAAGAUGAAUAUUUCACCCUGCAUGGAACCUAUGUGAUAGGAAGGUCUAAGAAGCCCAGGAUUAUUAACAAGAGCUAUGACACCACCUGCCUUAUUGUAACCCACCUAAGGUGCUUUGGAUCUGCUCAAUUGUGAUCCGUUCAGCUGUUGACCAAUGCUUGUUUUUCUUGCAUGUAUUAUCUGUGCAAAGGCAAGAACUCUUGAUGCUAAUAUGGAUUUGGGCUAACAUCCCAGAAGAAUAAGGACCAAAAUACACUUAACUUUAUUCAUGAAAUCAGCAAUUGUGUGAUAAAUAGGUUUCUUUUAAAAAGCAAACAGCAAUCAGAGGAUGGCCUAAUUCAGAUGAUGGACAAUAGUUUAACCACCUCCAGUAUCCCAAUUGAGAUUGCUCUUUCCUUUGCAAAGGAAAGAACAUUUGUUAAGAUGUUGUCUAUCCUUCUUCGAUGAUGAACUUGUCACUUCACUGAUAUCUCUGCUGCCUUUCCUUUAUUUAUACUUGCUGGUUGUUGAGUGGGAGCAGGGCAGAAACCUAUUAUUUCUGUAUAAUUAGUGCAGUAUAAAGAGGACGGUUAUUUUGUACUACAUUUCUUCUGUUCUAGUAUCUGUAUCUUCUGUUCUAGUCCCUAAAAAUGAAUGAUGUUGGCUGCAUAAAUAAACCACUCCAUUGUCUAAAAUGUCCUGCUGUAUGAAAGAAAUGUUCUUACUAAAUGUUUCGUCCACAUGGCUCCAUAAAGUCCUGGUCACUAAAUGACCAAGUGUGAGUGUGUGUGUGUAAAAACAGACUCUGUAGAUGUGUGCCCGUGGAGUUGAUGUUCUGAUGGCAUUUGUCACAUUUAUGUGUAAGAAGACCUGCAGCUCCUCAGCUUGCCACUGGCUAGAGAGGAAAGGCUAAUGAACUGUGUCAAUUUAUAUGAUAACUCAACAGACAAGAACUCUCCCAAAUGGUCACAUGUGUGUUAAUCGUUUGUUUGUUUUUCUGAACCGGAAAUAAAAGACUCAUUUAGAUUAAA